AUGUCCCCAGAUACCCCCUCAACAACCACGCCACCAUGGCAUCAGUUUGAGCGGAAGGUCGAUGAGGUCAAGCCAUCCAAGACUGAUAUCAAUUAUCUAGUCAUGGACUACCUCAUCACCAAUGGUUACCCAGCUGCUGCGAAGAAAUUCGCAAUAGAGGCUAACAUCCAACCCAAAGCAGACGUGGAAUCUAUUCAGGAACGGGUAGAUAUCCGCACUGCUAUCCAUUCCGGCGAUAUCCAGUCUGCGAUCGAGAAGAUCAAUGAGCUCAAUCCUCAGAUCUUGGAUGAGAACCCGUCACUGCACUUCGCUUUACUGCGUUUGCAACUGGUAGAAUUGAUCCGCAAAUGCUCCUCUACACCAGACGGAGACAUCAGCCCUGCUUUGGAGUUUGCCACUUCUCAACUCGCACCCCGGGCCCCCACCGACCCUCAAUUCCUUGAGGACUUGGAGCGGACACUUUCUCUUCUGAUCUUUCCGACGGAGAACUUGGCACCCUCCCUUGCUCCUCUUCUACACCCAGACUUGCGUAAGGAGAUUGCCACACGUGUCAACGAGGCCAUCCUACAAUCCCAGGGUGCUCGUAAAGAGGCUCGCCUGCGGAACUUGGUCAAGCUGCGCGCUUGGGCGGAGCAGAAGGCCCGAGAGGCUAAAAAGAACAUCCCCGAGAAGUUGGACAUCGGACUUGACGGGAACGAUAACACUGUAAACGCUGGUGAGAAUGGCGCCGGCGCCGCUAGCGACACUGUAAUGACCAGCAACGGGGACAUUGACCCGAUGAUCUCUUAA